CAUCUUGUUCUCCGUCUGCGUGGUGGUAUGCAGAUCUUCGUGAAGACCCUGACAGGCAAGACCAUCACUCUGGAGGUUGAGCCCUCGGAUUCCAUCGAGAACGUCAAGGCUAAGAUCCAGGAUAAAGAGGGCAUCCCCCCAGACCAGCAGAGAUUGAUCUUUGCCGGUAAGCAGCUUGAAGAUGGCCGUACUUUGUCUGACUACAAUAUUCAGAAGGAAUCCACCCUCCAUCUUGUCCUCCGUCUGCGUGGUGGAAUGCAGAUCUUUGUCAAGACACUCACUGGCAAGACCAUUACUCUGGAAGUUGAACCCUCUGAUUCUAUUGAGAACGUAAAGGCCAAAAUCCAAGACAAAGAAGGCAUCCCCCCAGAUCAGCAGCGUUUGAUCUUUGCUGGCAAGCAGCUUGAAGAUGGUCGCACCUUGUCUGACUACAAUAUCCAGAAGGAGUCCACUUUACAUCUUGUCUUGCGUUUGCGCGGUGGGCAGUAAAUUUACUUGUAUGUUGGCAUUCCUAUUGACUACACCUGUGCCUUUGUAUCUUGACCAUUAGUGGAUGAUUGCUUUCUCUCUAGUCCUUCAUUCUACUAUUGAGGCAACUCAUUUAUUUUUGUUUUCUGGUCAUAUCUGAAUUUCUUUUGUGAUAUUAUGAUUCUAUGGUUCUCUGAGCCUAUAGUGCAUUUGUUCCAUUAUUGAUUUUUUAUGUCUUUUUAUGUCUGAGGUCAUUGACAUGCAAUAAAAUGUCUGUGAAUUAUA